GGAGGAGGGUGGACGAUAAAUAAGCCUGACUAUCUGUAUAGUGAGCCUACUCACAGCCAGUCAUGUUAAAUUGCCUCUGUUUUGGUCUCAACCAUCAACAAAGGCUUCAAACUGAAUUGUCCCCUUCUUUCCACUUUUAAAGGAAAGGCAGGAAUUUUAAAGCGUCACAGCGCGGGUUUGUCAUCUCGCCUGGGCAUUCCUGAAGACGCAGCGUUUUAUCCUGAUGGAUAGGCUUGAAGUAGAGGACGACUGAUUCCCUGUAAUCAGAGGCAACAGCAUUGCCCAUGUUGCAAGCAGGUUUUGUUUGAGUGUAUUUACAAGAUGAAUUGUACGCAAGUCGGAACACAGCACAGGACUAUGUAAAGGAGCUGUUUGACAUGAACCACUCUCAGGCUGCCUGAUUCAUGCCAGAUUUCUCCUAUAACCAGUGUCACUGAGGAAGUCACUGAGAAGAGUGGUGUGAUGGCCAGCUGGAGGCCAUGCCGCAAUGUUACCGCUGGCAGUACGGCUCAGUGUCUGUCGGGCUGAGCUGUACCAAGAGGCAAAGGGCCAGCGCAACUCCAGAGGAUGUCGCUGCUAAUAUUCGAAGUCAGCUACAACGCAUCCAACAUGGCGGCCUCCUUCCUCAGCUUGACACCUGACACAGACCAGAACAAUGUAACAGACAAGAUGGCUUUGCAGAUGAUAACCAUGCUGACAAAUGUCACCAACACUACUGGCAUUCCACUGCCUGACAUGGAAACUGGGAAGUCAAGUAUGGGGAUGGUGCUCGUACCUGUUGGAAUUAUCACCAUUAUAGCAUUAGCUGUUGCUAUGGUUCUAUACAUCAGGAAAAGGAAAAGAUUGGAGAAGCUACGUCACCAGCUAAUGCCAAUGUACAGCUUUGAUCCUGGCGAGGAACAGGAUGAGCUAGAGCAGGAGCUACUUGAUCACGGCCGUGACACGGCUUCCCAGGGAUCUCAGAGCAAGAUUCUGAUGCCAAGUCAAGGAUCCUUGCAGAGGCCCAGCAGACUUGUGUUCACCGAUGUGGCAAAUGCUAUUAAAGCCUGAACAUCAUUGGAUUCUGCUUCAAGCGCCAACAGAGAGAGUCAAUCCAUGCGUGGUCAUGUGAUCUACUUCCAGUCAUUUAUAGAUAUAUCAUCCUCUGGAUGGCUUGCUCCCUCAUUCCCCCAAAUCUCGAAGAUGUUGAUCACUUUGGGUAACUUCCAUACAUGCAUUUCAAGAGAAAUUUCAGUCAAAGCAGGCAGUAAGAGGACAAGUGGAAAACGUUGGGUUGGUUUAAGAUUUACAAUGACAGGGAGUGGAGCAAUGGAUUAUUGAAUUCAUUGACUGAUGUGAAUCCUGUUUGUUACCUCCUGCAGUACCGGGCUAAAGUUUGGGGGCGUGCGCUCGGUGAAAUGGAGCUCUUAACCCACCUGCACCCUUCCCCUUCCCCGCCCACCAACCCUAAAAAUUGCAAGAAAGAUUUCUACUCCCAUUCUGUCUGGGCGGGGCAAUUCUCCUGACCACCGCCAUGAGGACACCACUACUUGGAAAGAAUCCCUCAGUCCAGGUCCAUUUAGAAAGCAAACAGGAUGUCCCGUGACAUAUACUUGGACCACAUUGGUCACAUGGUAGAGGACUAGACUGGGCCUAAGCCACUAAUAACGUUUAAUUAUUAAUAUUUCACUGGGUGGUGGGGAGAUGCAGGUUCUGUAACCUCCACUGAAAUACCGAGGGCUACCUCCUCUCCCUUCCAUUUUAUUCCCCUCUUUAUUCUUUCGCAGGAUGUGAGUGUCACUGGCAAAGCGGGCAUUUUUUGCCCUUCCUGGUUUCCCAUGAACUGAUUGGCUUGCUGAGCCAUUUCAGAGGCCAGUUAAGAGUCAACCACAUUGCUGUGCGUCUGGAGGCACAUACAGGCCAGAAGAUUUCAGACAGCAGAUUUAUUCCUCCCCACUAGCCCCCCACACCCAACACACACACACACACACACACAUAUUAAUGAACAAGCUGGGAUUUUACAAACAAUCAACAAAUGUCGUGGUCAAUUUGACAUUUAUUAAAUGAGUUCAAGUCCCACUUAGUGCCAUUGGGAGAUUUGAACCCUUGACAGUGGAGGGUUAGAGUGGAUCUCUGGAUCACUGGUUCUAAUGACAUUACCACAAUGCCAGUAUUUCCUCCACUCUCUUCUCUACCCUCUAAUUUGCCCGUUCCUGCAGUUCCCAUCUCCACCAACACCCCACCAUCAGCAGCUGCUGUCAGCACCCCACUCAUAGCCUGACGUUCCCACCAAGGCUCUGGACUCAAAAUCAUGGGAUGUCUGGAGGGAUGGGGAGAUGGGUUUGUGGGCAGGGAAGGGUGAUGCGGGUGUCCUACUGCAUUCAGGUCGAUGUCAAAACCAAAACUGACCUUCUUGUGUUGUCAUGUCCACUUGACUCUUUGCUGCCAUUUUGGAUUUAUUGAUCAAUUUCACUGCUAUACAUGAGGGGCAACCCCCUGCUGGGAAAUUGAGAGCACAAAAUGGUGGCUGUGUCACCUUGGAGUCAAAAGGUUUCAAUUUGCUCUCCAGGAUUUUAGCACAAGAUCUAGGUCAACCGAGGGAAUGCUGCACUGUCAGAGGCACCAUUUUUUGGAUGAGACAUUAAAUCCAGGACCUGUCUGCCCUCUCAGGACCUGAAAGAUUCAAAGAAGAGCAGGGGGUUCUCCCUGCCAUUUAGCAUCACUUCGGCAGACUUUCUGGUUAAUAAUAUAUUGUGGGACUUGCUCUCUGCAAAUUGGCGGCUACGUUUCCGACGUUACUGCAUUUCAAAAGAACUCAAUUGACUCAAAAGCACCUUGGAAUGUUCUAAGGUCAUGGUAGGUGAAUAUGGAGGUUUCUUCUGCUUUAUAAGUACCUAUCCUGUGCUCUGUGUUCAGUUACUGGGCUAAAUAUCUGGAUGUCUUUCCAACAUGAUGGAAACUCUAUUGAAAUAAAUGCAAAGCAAUGCAAA